AUGUCUGAUCAGUUUUCACCAAAGCCUGAUGAUCAUAACUUGUCUGAAGGUUCUAAUCAGAGGUUUUCUGAAGCACCGGCAACUUUACACUCAAGCACACCUUCAAAAUCAGUGGCGUCAUGUCCACUCGGUCGGACAGUUCAUAACCUUUCAUUACUAAGAGGAAGCAGCAUCCACAUUGGUCAUGAUUUAAAGAGCCCUUCACAUAGAUGGGCUGCCAGCGAUCGCUUGCGCCUCAUCCAUUUUCUACAAGAUAUUCAGCUUGACCGAGCCUUAGAUGUACUGCCGGAUAACUGCACCUAUGAAGACCUACUUAAAUGUACACUAGAAGAGCUCCGUUCCGUGUUUACUGGGUGCCUCACGGAGUCCGAAAUAAAUUCCGUUUAUUCAGACUUACAUUCUUAUGCCUCCAGUGGAUAUACAACCGAGUCGCAUUCACGUUCUGAGGAAUGUCAACUUAGACGAUGUUCCGAAACUUGUCCGUCCGAUCAAGUUAGGCAAAUGUCCACGGGUGCCAAUCGUCGUUCUCGUCCGCUCCUUGGCUCAUUUUCGUGUGCAUCAUCAGAGCCCCAUUCAGAAUGCGUGAAAACUAAGUUGCAUGCAGCAAGUUCGGGAACAUCAGGAGAAGAGACGUCUAUUAGUGAAUGCAGUGCAUCCAAAAUGGAUGCAGAACAACCUAAAGCUGUAAAACGGGCAUCAUCUCUUAGCUCAGGUGAUAUACCACAAAUCCAAUCAAACUACCGCCCAUCUUCCUUGUCCAUAUCAUCAGCUUUAACUGAUAGCCACUCAUUAUCUUUACAGGAAGAUGAUUUGCAUUCACAAAGUGUUUGUGAUAGUCAGUCCAAAGACUACUCGAUAGCGAAUUCUGCCCUACCAGUUUCUUGUAAUAUACAAAAACAACGAGCAGAUAUAAACGCAUGUUCUGUAAUUUCGAGUGCAUCAUACUCAGUUCCAAUUUGUCAACAAGUCAGUAAUGAGUUACAGUUGUCUCCGUUCUUUUCAAGCCGCUUGUCAAGUUAUGAUGGACAUUCCAUCCCAAGUACUCUCCUACGAAUAAAAGGUAGCUUUAUUGGUCAGUCUGCACCGAACUUACUGUACUAUAAGCGUGAUCCCAAUUAUAAUCAAUUCGUUCACUGUCGAAACUCAUAUCAAAAUGUCUCGUCAGCUUAUACUCCACCUUCAAGCUUAAAAAGCCCUGAAUCACUAAUCUGUUCAAAGGCUCCUAAUAGCCCGAAGUAUGAAGCAAUUGUUAGACAGUCUAAAGUUUCUACCAAUCAAUCACUACUCGGAUCCGCCUCGGGAGCAAUUAAGAACAUUGAUGAAACUACCCGAGCACUUACAUCACUUCCUUUUCAUACUCAGCGUCGGAGUAUGUUAGUAAGCGGUUUGGGUAGCCUCAGUGGUAGUAGUGGUUGCAUGGCCGAUCGAAGCAUGUCCAGUCCUGCUCCUUCCAAUGAACCUGAUAGUCCAGUUUUUUCUACUGCUUCUCUUGCUCAUAGUGAUAUACCAUACCUUGUAUCACCAAAGAACAGUGUUGUUGCGUAUGAGCCACCACAGUUAACUAGAUCUUCUGAUCUCUCUGGUGAAAAUUCAAAAACAGAGAUGCCAUCUAAAAAAAGCCAGACAAACUACAAAGUCAUCACAAGUAAAAAUAUCGAUACUAUUCCCCUUCAAGAGUCGUGUGAUGCAUCUUUGUUUACUGAGAAACGGAGUUUCAUCCCACGCUUGCAUUUGGAAAGAAAACAUACUCUAGAUUGUCGUCGUUGGUCACUAGCCUCAUUACCUUCAUCUGGUUAUGGUACAAAUACAUCAGAAAGUGGCAGUCAUUUGUCUCGUAGUCGAUGUUCUUCAAGAGAAAAUGUUUCUCAUAGUCUUCAUCCUCAAACUAACACACUGUAUGCAAAUGAUCAUGGAAUUUCUGCUCGUUCGAAAUACCAAACAUCCAUACAAACUCCAGUUAAAUCCAUACCGAUAGAACGUUCUUAUUCUAUGAGAUCACCUUCAAUACCUGUUUAUUCACAGCUACCGAAUUCGAAAUCUCCUCUGUCAUUGUCCUCAUCUGCUGGUCAAAAUACAGAAUCACCAAAUUUAUGUUUUAUUUCGCGUUCACCAAAGGAAUCGUGUACAGCAGAGACAAGAAGUGAUAUUUCCCUUUCUAAUGUUCUACCUUUCCUGUACACUUCAGUUCACAGUGCAGAUUCUAAAAGCGUACCACACACGCCUGUUACUCGGGCAUCACCUCGAAUUAACCAUAGUUCUGUGAGUGCUGUUCAAACAUGUUACAACUCUAGCUUUGACGGCUGUCGUACCCGUUCACGUAGUUUAAGUCCAUUACGUGUUUCAAAUGUUGGCGGUGAACAAGAUAUACUGCUUUUAAACCAUGUUUAUCGGGAGCGCUUUCCAAAGGCAUCCGCUCACAUGCAAGAACAGCUGGCUUCCCUGGCUGAUGAAAUGGAGCAUAUGGAUACAGUAUCGUGGUCUGCAGUAGCAAGAUUUGUCCAUUGUCAAGUUGUCCAACAUGCACGAGAUUGUUUGCAGAAGGCUCUUUCAGGUCUUGUAACCUGCCGCUAUUUUUAUGAAAUGACUGAAAAUUUGAGCAAACUUGUCGAAGAUACUCGUACUCGUGACGCGGAUUCUAUUCCGCUUGUCGUCACAUUUGUCCGCCGACUACUUUUGAUUAUUGCCCGGCCUGCACGAUUACUCGAAUGUUUAGAGUUCGAUCCGUCUGAAUUUUAUCAAAUGUUAGAAGUUGCUGAAAGUCACGUACGUCAUCGAACGAACUCCGUUAAUGUACCGGGUUCUCAGAUCAUUUCAGCUGACGUCCCUCUAUACAUUAUUUCGAAGCUUGGUCUCAGUAAAACUGUCUUGGAUGAGUCACAGAAUAUCAAAGCUUCUCAUCUGUGUAGUUCUAAUUUAAAUGAUUCACACCAUUCAGAGAAAUUUAAAUCUGAUUCUACCAUAAGAGUUAGAACGACUAGUGGAUCUAACCUGGAUUCAUGUAUGCAUACUGAUGAUGAAAUUGUUUCGCGGACAGCGCGUAGCAAUAGUAGUUGUGUUCCAAUUCGUCCACCUUGUGAAGCUGACUUUGAAGUUAUUAAAUUGAUAUCUAAUGGCGCUUAUGGUGCUGUUUAUCUUGUAAGACAUAAAAUAACUAGACAACGAUUUAGCUUGAAGAAAAUUCGUAAACAACACUUACAAUUGCGUAAUCAAGUUGAACAAGUAUUCGCUGAACGAGAUAUUAUGAGUUUUGCAGACAAUCCAUUUGUUGUUAGUUUAUGUUGUACAUUUGAAACAAAAAAAUGUUUAUGCAUGGUGAUGGAAUAUGUGGAAGGGGGUGAUGUAGCAACUUUAUUAAAACAUAUUGGUGGACCCUUACCAUUAGAUCUGGCUAGAAUGUAUUUUGCUGAAACUGUAUUAGCUCUUGAAUAUUUGCAUAAUUAUGGUAUCGUUCACAGAGAUUUAAAACCAGAUAAUUUGCUAAUAACACAUGAAGGUCAUAUAAAGUUAACUGACUUUGGACUCUCCCGAAUUGGUUUAAUGAAUUUAGCUACUAAUUUAUAUGAAAAAAAUUUGGAUUUGGAAAAGGACUGUAAAAUGUUUCGUGAUAAACAAGUAUUUGGAACUCCAGAAUACAUUGCUCCAGAAGUGAUUCUCCGUCAGGGUUACGGUAAACCAGUGGAUUGGUGGUCUAUGGGGAUUAUGUUAUACGAAUUUCUCGUAGGAUGCGUCCCGUUUUGUGGUGCCACUAUAGAAGAACUUUUCGAUAAUAUUGUGACAGCACCAAUCGAUUGGCCUGAGGAAGAAGAAUGGAAAGUCACUCCAUCAGCUGUGGAUAUAAUAACUAGGCUUCUUGAGCGAGAUCCUCUACUCCGUCUUGGAACUAUCGGAGGUUCAUCCGAAGUUAAAGAAACUAUAUUCUUCUCUGGUCCUGGUGCAGUAGAUUGGAAAAACUUAUUGAGACAAAAAGCAACUUUUGUACCUCAACUUGAACAUGACGAAGAUACUUCGUAUUUUGAUCCACGUACUGAUCGUUACAAACAUGAUGUGGAAAACGAUGAAGAUGUAUACAUUCCUAUGGAUUAUGGUGUGUAUAGCAAUAGAUCUUCCCCUGCACCCCAUUUGUCGGUUUCUCGAAAUUUCAGCUUUAAUUCUUCUGCCGAUCAAAGUCUAACGAAUAUCAUCCGGCGACCUGCAGCUUCUCGUCUUGGACGCGCUAAACAGCAAGCUGCUGAACAUAAACGUAGUCACAGUUUGGGGGAUAGUAAUAAUUUGUUUGUUCGGUCAUUUAAGUCUCGUUCCAAAAGUCGAAGCAUCCGUGAUUCACCUAUAAACACCCCACAGUCAUUUAUGCAUUCAGAGCUAAGCAGUCCUAGUUCUCAGCGGUCUUUAUGCCAACAAAAAUAUGAUCCUGAAAAGAUUGAACACGAUUUGGUAACGUCUACUUUAACUGCGGAAUCUGUUGCAAGUCGUAAUGCUUUACACUUAUUGCAAAACUUAUCAUUAACCUCUAGCAUCAUAGAAAACUCUACGUCCUCAAAGUUAGCAAAUGAGAAUAGUAUUCAUAAUCAACAGUCUAUGACUUCCGGAAUUAGAUUAGAAAAGUUGAAUAUAGAUGUUACCAAAUCUGAAGUUAGUGAUGAUGACCACGAUGACAAUCAGAACAUCACUGAUGAGUCGCGUACAUUUCACUAUUUUUCUUCCUAUUCACCUCGUUUCUCCGUUGUUUUGGAACAAGCUAGAAUGAAUGAACUUCGCAACAAUUCCAAUACGAGUUUGAACUCUAACGAUGUUGAUCCUGUCAGUGAAAAGAAUCCGCCUCAUACCUCAUCUCGUAUCAAUCUGGCAUCAUCCAAUAAUUUUAAUAUUAAACGUGGGAAUUCUGAACUUCCUAAAGGGACCUGUACAUUUGCUGCAGAUAAACAACAGUCAAUUACAAAUAAACAAAAUAUAAUUUCUUCUGACCAGUCAUUGAAUAAUUUUCAAAUUAACACUAACUCAUCAAAUUUUCAGUCAUCUGAUAUACCAAGUGCUCCUGAAUCUUUCAAAUGUGACCAGUUCUCUUCUGAAAUUGUUAACCCAAGCGUUAUUAUCCCCUCAAUCACUCACACUGGUACUGAAAAUGCUACUCCCAUUCUGUUAAACAUCAAAGAGUCAGAUAAAUUUCAUUUUAUUUCUGAUGCUAGUAAACAUUCAAAAUCUUCAGAAUCGGAUUCUAAUUCUAGUUUAGAGCUGUUUCAAAAUGAUUCGAGCAUCCGCUCUUUUGGGAACUCUACAAGAGAAGAUGAACCAACAAUAUAUCAACCAAUUACUCUUAUCUCUUCUGAAUCUGUUGAAAAACCUCCACUAGUGCCCAUAAAUUGCCCUAACCUUGAACAUUUCGCUAGUCACACAGCCUCGCAUUCAUCGACUUCAAGUUCAUCUUCAUCUAAAUCCUCACUUUCACUGACAACCCUCACUCCUCACCUAACUCCUCAUACAGAAUCACUUUUCUCUCCUAUAGGUGACCAUGAUUCUACUUUACAUAAAGGUCCAUGGUUUCUUAAUGUUGAUUUAAAGCCAGAUGAAGGACAUUUGAAUGUCUGCCCUUAUCAACAUACUCCUCGUUCGUUUAUGUCCUUUAAAAGUACAUCACCUGUACUCAGUCAAAGUAGUGGAACUUCCACAACCAAAUCAGAUAUGUAUUGCUCUUAUUCACCAUCCUCAUCCGGACCCUUGAUUUUCAACAAUCCUUCACGUGUUAUGCAUCUUCCGGUUUCUCCUGUGGGUCACAACCCUCCUUCUUUGCGACCUUUCAUGCCUUAUACACUUGGAAUUCCUCGCCAAGCAAUCAUAAUCAAUAAAGGUAAACAAGGCUUUGGUUUCGUUUUCCGAGCUAUUCGAGUAUUUUUUGGUCUAUCAGAUGCAUACACAUUGCAUCAUCUUGUACUUGGAGUUGUGCCUCAUGGUCCAGCAGCCAAAGCCGGCUUAAAAGAAGCUGAUUUAAUUCUAAGUGUUAACGAUGUAUCGACAAUUGGAAUGUAUCAUACAGAUGUUGUGAAGCUAAUUUUACAGAGUGGGACUACUUUACGUCUGCAUGCAACUCCUAUUAGUCAAACAUUUAUUCGUUCUGAUGGACCAUAUCGUUCUUCUGGUCGUCUUGUACCACGUGUUACUUCAUCUCAUCUAUUGAAUAAUAAUAGUAAUGGUAAGAAUAAUUACACUACAAGAUACUCAAAUCAAAUUCCAGAUAAACACACAUGUACAUCUUAUACACCAUUUAAUCCCUUGAUGAGUUGUCAUUCUAAUUCUCCCGAAAUAAUACCCAAAGAUGUUUCAUCACUACCUUUUGAUGGUAAAUCAUAUGCUUCCGUAUGUGCAUCAAAUAGUUCAAGGCACACCAAUGAAGUUGCUAAACGCAUAACUCGACGUUUGACAAUUAGAGAAGCCCGUCAUCGUCAUUUAAAUAAUGGAGCUUACGAAUCUAAAGUUCAACAUAUACAACCAGAUACCAAUUUAAAUUGUAUUCAUCAAUCAGACUCAAUGCCGAACAAUGCAUAUAUGGAUAAAUCGAAAUUUUGUUAUUCUCAGCCAGUAACAUGUUCUAAAGGAUCUGCUCAAACCUACGCUUCUGUUGCUGCUCAACGAUUUGGUAUUUCUCUAUGUCAAACCUCUACACACCCUAUAAGCUCUAACUCAAUUUCUCAAAAUAAUAUUAUGUUUUUUCCAGCACAUCGUAGAUCCCUUGAGAAACCUCUUAUUCGUCAGUUGAGCGAACGACAACACCGAGCUAUGUUUUCCACGCCUGAUGAUAUGUCAUUAACCAACAGUCCCACAGUGUAUUCUCCUCGUAAUAUAAUCCCUUACAGUUCACCUAAUCAAAGUCCUAGGUCUGAUCAUUUUCAGAAACAAAAUGUAUUCAGUUUUCAUAGACCAUCACUGACUGUCACUCCAGGUUUUUCUGGUUCUUCGUUCUCUUCUGGUUGGUGUUCAGGUGGAGACUUAUCUUCACAUAGUUCUCCGGGUUCUGGUAGUUCAUCUUCUGCAUCAGUUCCUCGACCUUGUGAUUCUACUCAUUCAUCUUUAAAUCCAUUUCAACAGGGACGUUUUGGUAGCCUACGGGCCUCAUGUCAUUCGGCUAAUCAUUUCCUCAAUUCGAAUUUGGAUAAUUCAUCAAUGAAACUGACGUCCGCCCGUCAACAAGCGCCUAAAUCGACAUUUGUUACACAAAAUUCAAAUGGGUCUCAAUGUAGACACAGCGAUCCUAUUCGACAUGUUAAAAUUUCAAAAGAUACUCGAAUCGUUUGUUCCGUUGUACCUAACGUGCAAAAUUCCAACAACAAUUUGUCUGCAUCAAUCCAAACUCCUGCUUUUACCCCGCCGCCACCACAGACUGCUAUUCAAAAGAUCGACUCAGAUAAAUUCUCAAUUCAAGCAAAUGCUUUGGUAUCAUCAGGUCAAGUUAAGCUACGUAGGCAUAGUCAUCGAUUUGCCGUUCAACAUGUAACUUCACCAAAAAGUCCAGCUGAAAGUAGUGAUGAAAAAUCCAAGAAUUAA